CGGAGGUCAGGCCGAAUCUUCCUCGGUAAUCAGAAGCUACGCGUCCCGCGGUCCUGGCUCCGUGGGUCCGCUCGGAUCGGGCCUGGGCGCUGGAGCUGCUGUGGCUCCCGCCGCGGCGGGUGCGAUGGAGGCCGUGCCGGAGCCCAGCACUCCCGCCGGGGAGACCGAGGCAGCCCGCGGUGCUAGUAGAUGAGGCGGCGGCGGCAAGCACGGGCUCUCCAUGAGCAAGCGGCGGCGGCGGCGGGUGCGGCGGCACCGGCGGUUUUCGGUCCCCGGGGAGGAUGAAGACACUGUUUGAAGAGAUCAAAGCAUCAAUUAAAAAUAACUAUAACCAAGAUCGCUCAUUUUGGAGACCUGUUCUUCCCUGGGGAGGUGUUUUCACUAUCAAAGCUGGCCGCAAAGCAGUAUCCUGUACACCACUUUAUGUUGAAAUCAGACUGAAAAAUACCUGCACUAUAGAUGGAUUCUUGAUGUUAUUAUAUGUCAUUCUUAAUGAAAAUGAAAAUUUUCCCAGGGAACUCUCUCUUCAUCUAGGUAGAGAGUUUGUAGACUGUUUUCUUUAUUUAAUGGACACCUACAGUUUUACAACUGUGAAGCUGCUUUGGAUUUGGGACAAGAUGGAAAAACAGCAGUACAAAUCAGAAGUACAUAAAGCUUCAUUAAUCAUUGAUUUAUUUGGGAAUGAGCAUGAUAAUUUUACAAAAAAUCUUGAAAAUCUCAUGUGUACCAUCCAAGAGAGUUACUGUUCCAACUGGCGGUGCCCAACUCGUGUGCAGGAAGAUCAGCAGCGCACAAUUAAUAUAAAUCCUCCUCAAGAAAUUCCACAUGGAAACUUGAUACGACUGGCUAUGGAUGAGUUAUUCUGUUCUAGGAUUGAACUGUGUGAAGAGCAUGGGUGUGGUGGCUUAAGAGAAUUUUCCCAGCGAGUUUUCUGCCAUGGAGCACCACCUUUUGUUGUCUUAAAUAUGCAGCAUUGGAAAUCUGAAGAUUUGGCAUAUGUACCUUAUCACUUGGAUUUAUCUGAUCACAAGUAUUUGUUGGAAGGUGCCACAUUAUUUAACAAAGAGGAACAUCAUUAUUCUGCAGCUUUCCAGAUUGAUGGACAUUGGAUGCACUAUGAUGGCCUCAGAAAUGUGAAUUUAAUUUUGUUAAAUAAACCCCCAGAGUUUCUCCUUUUGUCAUCAUUGGUUUAUAUUCGAGCAACAGAGAAAUAAAUAUAGACUGAUGCUAAAUUAAAUUGUUUUCCCUCCUACCCAUAUCCCCCAGAUGAAGGGCUUUUAUUUGAUAUAAACUUGGUAUCCAAGGAAACCGUUCAACUAUACUAGUUUCAGAUGUGUAUUUCCCAGUGUUUAACCCCAGGUAAAUACUUUACAUAGAAAAUCUAUGCAAAAAUAUUUGUAUUUAAUUUUUCUAUAUCCUGGGUUAUUUUUAUAUAAGCCUAUUUUAUGUUGAAAUAAAAUAUAUCUUGUAGCCUUCAUAAUUUUUAUUUAUAUGUACUUCAGAGGAUUUUUACAAUUUUGUCUUUGAAUCUAAGAAAAUAGUUUGACACUAGAAUUCUAAAUUUUUCUUUUCAGAUAUCCAAAUAAAAUCUGAGUAUGUCAGAAUUUCAGUUAUAUAAAUUUAACAUUUCAAAAUAUAUGUAUGUAUAUCUUUGUCCUACCUCACUAUAAUCCAAAGUGCACUAUUGGCUCUACUAUGGAUUUGAAUGUAUUUGUUAUAGAUGAUGUUUCUUUUACAUAUUGCUUCACAUAAUUUUCCUGUAGCAACUGAAAAAAAAAAUUAGAUGAAAAAUUUUUCUGGGAUUUAAUUAUUAUAGCUUUAUAAGAUAUUCUAACUAUGACAGCAUAUUUUGAGUUAACCUAGCCCUCAAGCUUAAUUUAUUGUUACAAAUAAGUUGUAUAGCAAAGCUAAGCAUUUAUCUCAUAAAUAAAAGUUAUAUCGCUGAUAGUAGAACUAUGAAAAUUAUUAGCAACUGGAUGUUUUACUAUUGUUGGAUUAACAAUAGAAAUGUACUUUAAAUAUAUAUUUAAGAUAAAAUGGGUACUUGGGACUAUUUUUUUUUUCCCUAGUAAGUCAUAUUGGCACAGAGGGAAAAAAUAAUACUUAAAUUUUUGGAGUUAACUUCUGCUAGCUCCCUAUAAGUGGUGAAUAAAUAGCAUGAGACUGACUUACAAUAUAAACUAUUAGAGUUUUAUAGUUAUCAGAUUAUUGUUUUUAUAAAGAUCCCCCUUCUUUUGCAAUUUGAAGAAAAAAUUAAGUUUUUUAAGAGAAAGUGCUUUUUGGAAAUUUGUAUCUAUUUAUUUUACAGUUUACAUUUCAUACAUAGUUGACUUAGGUUUGAGGUUGAGAGUGAGAGCAGUAUAUUUUGAGACGUCUCAAUAUAACAAUAUUGGUCACUGCCAUGUACUAAAUUUCUGAAGCUUAAUUCAGUAAAUAAUUUUACAUUUGUUUGGUGCCAUGUUGAGUUAACUUACUGAAGAGUAGAUAAAUGUGAGUAAAACACUGCUGAGAAUGUCUCACUUUGAGCAAAAUUCAUUUUUUACAUAAUAUAAAAUGAUUUAUUUUCAAAAAUUCACCCAGGGUUUAUAUGAAUUGUUUCCCAAGAAGUAUUUAAGGUGGAUUUGAUUUAUUGUAAACUUUUCUGGGGACAUUUUAUUGCAUGAAUGAAAGUAUACAAAUAUACAACUAUUAACCUAUACAUAAAUUGUAUCAUUUAACAAAAUUACUCCUAUUGCAGAUUUAUUCUUUUAGGAAUUGCACUUUAUUUCUAAUAAUAAUAAUUCAUCACAAAAUAAUGACUUACCUACCUCACAGGGUUGUUGUGAGGAUUAAAAUAUUUGUUAAAAUCUUGAUUACCUUGAAUAUUCCAAUAAAAGUUACAUAUUUUUCUAC